ACGCAAUUAAAUACUGAUCAAAAACGAAUCUUUAAUAGAAUUACUGCUGCUUUAUCUGAUAGUAAUAAUGAAGUUCUUCGACUUUAUGUUAGCGGUGAAGGUGGUACUGGAAAGAGUUUUCUGAUAAAAACUAUAGAUGUUGGAUUCAAAAAUAUAUUGCAGACAAAGACACAGCGGUAACUGCACCAACCGGUAUAGCAGCUUUUAAUAUUGAUGGACUUACUAUUCAUAGAUUAUUUCAAUUGCCAGUAGAACAUGGCCGUACUGCUAAAUAUAAACAACUUUCUGAUAUAGCCCUUAAAGUUAUACGGGACGAACUUAAGAAUGUUGUUUUAAUAAUUAUCGAUGAAGUUUCAAUGAUUUCAAAUAUCACUUUAAUGUACAUACAUCUUCGACUAACAGAGAUAUUUAAUACCAUGGAUUGUGAUAAUGGAUGGACGGCAAAAAACAUAUACUUCUUUUUGGAGAUUUAUUGCAACUUCCACCUGUACAUGAAGAUCCGCCUUUUAUUGAAUUAUCAACAUUACAAAUUCAGAAGUACAUUGAUGCAAUGGGCUCUGUAAAUUUAUGGUCUUUAUUCAGUUAUGAUGAAUUACCAAUUAAUGUGCGACAACAAGGUGAUGACUCUUAUCGAGAUAUAUUAACGAGAAUUCGAGUUGGAACACUAACAGAUUCGGAUGUAAUUAUUUUAGAAACGAGAAAAAUUAAUUUUAGAGAAACUAAUUGUGACGACCGAUUACAAGCAUUAUGUAAUUACUUACAAAAUUUACCAAUGGAUACAGUUUGUUUACUUCCAACUUGUGCAUUAUGUGAUAUUUUGAAUAUUGCAAUGUUAGAUCGUAUUUCUUCGGACAAAAUAGAACUCAUUGCUGAAGAUCUGACAGAAUGUGCAUCAUAUUUAAAGAAAAAAGUUAUGAAGAUAUUAAAUAAAGACGAUGAAGAUAGUUCUCGAACAGCUGGAUUAGCAAGAAUUAUAACUGUCAAAGUAGGAGCGCGUGUAAUGCUUAGAAGAAAUAUCGAUGUUAAUUUAGGUCUUGUGAAUGGUACCAUUGGUACAAUUAUAUCAAUUAUACGUAGCGCAAUUGACAAUAAAGUAGAAAAAAUAAAGAUAAGAAUGUCAUCAGGAAUAGAGCAUAUUAUAGAACGUUUAAGUGUCAAAUUUGAAGUAAUGGAUAGUAUUAGGAAUUGCACGAACGGUCAAAAGUUUCUAGCACUUAAUUCGCAUGAUCUUCGCUUUGCGAGCUGGUGUUUGUCUCGUCAACCUCUCAUGUUCGCUUCAACAUCAUUCGAGAAGCUUCUAGAAUAGAGAAUUCUCGGUGACAAAUAGUUUCUUUUGUUGUUUGUCGCGCAAAGAAGAAACAAACAUCAGCCGCGAUUCAACCGCUUGCUAACCGAUCGUAACCAAGAGGCAUGCGCGAGCCGGUGACGUCACGCGCAGAGUUGCCACUUUCAGGACGCAGCAGCGUGCUACAGCGCGUGGUGGGGAUACGCAGCAUGCGAGCAACCGUGUCCGUGUGCGCGCCGCGCCUCGGCCAACUUCGGGCCAGUAAAGGAGGACAGAUAUACUCGCUGUCUCGUUCUUGCUCUACGUAUAGCUAAUACUGCAAUAUAGCUAUAGCGGGCUGACUUCGCGUUCGCUGGCGCCCGCAAAAUUGUAAUACAUAUGUUGCUGCUCACAUCUCUCUCUCUCUCGCUCUCUCUCUCACUCGCUCUCUGUCUCUCGCUCUC